AUGCUAUUCUAUAACUUAAUACAGAUCUCUUUUAUAAAAGUACGGUCGAACAUCCUGAUGAAGAAAGAGAAGAUGAUAUAUUGAAUUGAUUGACUAAUAUAUAGAAUAGCAACCUUAAAUUGGUAUCAACUCUCCCUAUUUAUUAACAAAUCUUAUUUAUUAAACUAAAAUUUUAGAAAAAGAUUAAUUUAUAGGACUACUAUUGGAUUCUAUUAAAAAUAUUACUGAUUUCAAAAAAGAAUACAUUAAGUUUGCAUAAAUCAUUUUUAUAUUUGUAUAAAUCUUAAGAGUUAAUAUUGAUAGGUUAUUAUAGUUUUCGCCUAUUGUAGUUAAAAUUCUAACUGAAAAAUAGAAAUUUGAAAGUAUAAAAAAGAUAUCAAUAAAAUAGUUAACAUCAUCACAUUGUUGUGAUACAUUAUUAAAAUUAAUUAUAGAAUUCUUUUAUUAAGGAGAAAGUUUAGAAAACUAUUAUAAUUAUUUUAAAUAAGGAUUAGCAUAUUUAAAUGAUUAAUCACUUGAUAUCUUAGAAGAAUUCUUAAUUGAAAUAUAGAAGUUCUUUAAGUAAAAAAGUGAAUUUGAUUUCUCUAUCAAUUUUCUUAAUAAUAAAGUUUAACUCUAAUUAACCAUAUUUACAGAAUUAGACUUAGAUUUAACAGAUGCUUAAAUCAUAAUGAAUUGA